AUGGAAAAGUUUGGGGAGUUGUCCCGGGUCAACCAGAAGGACAGUUUUUCAUUCCUCAGCCACUGCUCCCAGCUAGUCAGUCCUCGGCCGCGCGGCCUCUCCCCGCGCUCUAUAAAGGUCGCGGCGCGGGACGGGCGGGCUCACUUGCCUGACAGACCCGCCGCCCGAGGAGAACGCGGGGCGCGCGGCUCCUCCAGGCUCUCCGCCGCGCUCCCGCCGCAGCCAGCGCACGGCCCGUCGUUUCCGGCCGUCGAGUGCGCUCCCGCCGCCUCCCGCGCUCCCGCCGCCUCCCGCGCUCCCGCGGCCGCCGGGGGGAUGGAGACGCGCGGCGCCGGCCGGGGCCCCGCGCUGCUGCCGCUCUGCCUCGCUUUCCAUCUUCUCCAAGCUGUUCUCAGCACAACUGUGAUUCCAUCGUGUAUCCCAGGGGAAGCCAGUGAUAACUGCACAGCUUUAGUUCAGACAGAAGAUAAUCCACGUGUGGCUCAAGUGUCCAUAACAAAGUGCAGCUCGGACAUGAACGGCUACUGUCUGCACGGACAGUGUAUCUACCUGGUGGACAUGAGUGAAAAUUACUGCAGGUGUGAAGUGGGUUAUACUGGUCUCCGGUGUGAACACUUCUUUUUAACCGUCCACCAACCCUUGAGCAAAGAGUAUGUGGCGUUGACUGUGAUUCUUAUUUUCUUGUUUCUCAUCAUAGUCGCCGGUUCCAUGUACUAUUUCUGCAGAUGGUACAGAAAUCAAAAAAGUAAAGAACCAAAGAACGAAUAUGAGAGGGUGACCUCAGGGGAUCCAGCACUGUCACAAGUCUGAGGGGCACUGUCAAUCUUACGGGCACAGAUGCGCAGCCUGCCUGCUUCAUGUUAAUAUUCCUAUUUUAUUAAUAAUAUUUAUGUUGGGUCAUGUGUCAGGUCGACAACAUGUAUUUUUAAUUUUAAUAUACUUGAAAAAUGUUUUUUUAUUUUUGUUUUAUUUUUGACAGACUAUUUGCUAAUAUAUAAUAUGCAGAAAAUAUUUAAUAUUAAAAGAAAAUUGAUAUUUUUGUAAAAAAUAAUUUUCUGAGGUAAAUGCUUUAUCAAAAGCUUCGAAGCUUAUAUUCCUGCUACACAGUGCAUAGGAGUGAGUGAUGCCCAGGUCAUGGCUUAAGAAGUGUCAGCAAAUGACAGAUUUCUGUAAGCCUGUAUGCAUAUAUUCAAAUGCAUAUAUUUUUUUCUACUCUUUACAUUAAUGAUAAUUGGUUUAACCAUAUCAUGGUCUGAUAUAUUGGUUGGCACCACUUUGUCAUGUAUUAAAACAGUAAUGCAAUUGGAAUUCAGGAGAAUCAAGUAUAGAUCCUGUGCUAAACACUACACAUUUGAACCAACUAAGUUCAGGGAGGCUAUAGUUUCUUCAACCGUCUCAGCUAUAACUGGGUUUAUCAGCCUGGAGGGGCAGAGACAGUCCCCUGUGCAAACACACACCUCCUACGGAUACCAGUCACUCACCUGACAGAUCCUCCUUACACGAAAUGAAUUGAAAAACUUAAUUUUAUGCCAUCUUUUCUGUAAGCAAUGGUAUUUCAUAGCUUCUCUUUUUGUAUAAUGCAACAUUUAUGUGAGGUAAUUGUUGCUAUUCCAACAAUGAGAAAAAUAUCCACACUUGAAGCUAAAAUUUGUGCUUCUUUUCUAGAGCUUUGUUGAAGCUCUAGGAAAGAAGAUAAAAUCAUAGUCCAAAACUUGAUGGACUAGACUAGUUAUUAUUUUAAAAUAUAAUAAGACAAUAGCUCUCUAUAUUGUAGAAGAUGGAAAUACAGUUGUUUCGUUUUCUAUUCAAGAGAGCUUUCACUUAAAAAGAACUCAGUAAGUAGCUUCUUCUAGAAUUCAAAUUUAUAUAUUUAAAAUUACGUCUUGACACAGGAAGUGGGAAAAAUAGGAGAAAUAAAUCCUAGUCUGUUUUUCCAAAUGAAAAACUCAUUUGAAAGCUUUUAAAAUUUAGAGACUUAACCACACCUUACUAUGGAGACUGAAAUGAAACUGGGGCCUUUUCUUUUCUGUUAUUUUUUUGUUUUUGUAAGAGACGAAUGUUUCUUCUGUACUCUGAGCCCAUUGGUCUCAGUGGAUUAACAAGAGUAUUUUAGGCAAUGGCAUAAGGAGCCAUUGCUUUCACCACCUUGGAUUUCAUGGGAGGCUGCUUCAUUGAAUGCUAAACCUUUGGGUAGAGUGUCUCUGGAUCAUAUACCAGGUCAGGGAGGAUCUGUUCUUCCUCCACUUCUUUCCUGGCGUGUGCUAGGGCCAUAAAGAGAUAAUAAGCCACGUCUGACCUCUGAAGUACCAGGUGCUAGGACUUGCCUCCGUGUGUAUCCAUGAGUUGUGUACCCUGGUGUGAUCACGUAACUCUCUAAAGUCCUGAACCUGGCUGGCCCUUACUAUUAGGAAAACAAGCAGACAAAACAAACAAUAUACAUACACACAUUCAUAUGCAAACACAUAUGUAUACAUGAGCUCAAUGGAUCAUAGAAUUACACUCAUUUGUUGCUCUAUUAACCAAUCUAUAAAACUUUAGAACAAGAUAAAGGAAAAUAAAAUAAAAAUCAGUGAGUUCUAAAAGGAUAUUUCUGUUUCCCAUUUAAUA